CUCUGUGAGACCGACAAAAUUCAUUUACUUAAAUACUCGGCCGUCGAGAUCAUGACCCUCAGGAUACUACUGGAUUACGAUCCCGAGUCAUGUAAUUGGCACGCUAUCCAUAAAUUCAAGUGUCAAUUCGGAGAUAAUUGCAAAAUAGAUGUCUUGAGGCGACGAUUCUGUAAGAAGUGUCGACUCAAGAAGUGCUUUGAAGUGGGCAUGAAAAAGGAAUGGAUACUGAAUGAGGACGAGAGGAAAGUUAGGAAAAUCAAAAUCGAGGAAAACCGCAAAAAGCGAAAGAACUCCGAAUUCACGCACUCCAUGAGCGAGACGUCCCAGAGCUCCGACACCAACAGCUGCGACAACACGUUAGACAUACUGAAGAAGUGCGAGGACCUGGAAAUCGACAACGAGAGGCUGUCGCGAGAGAUGUCCGAACUCGAGGAAUACAUACAAAACAAGGAGAUCCUGGAGGUGUCGGACAGUGUCUUCUAUAAGGCCGUCGAGUUUGAGUUCUCGCUCAUCAACUCAAUUGUCCGGCCGUUUGAGAUGAACAACAAGUUUACGGACAUUGAGGCCAACCGUAUGGCAGAGCUGGUGAACGCCACCAAAGUUCUGGCCACCAUUUUGCCCGACAAAUACGUGUCGGACUACCAGAGAGGUGUCAUCCAUGAGUUCAAACAGAACCGGAUUCCCAGUUCUAUCAACGAUAUCACGAAACUUAUGGCCAUUCAGUUGGAGAAUAUGGCCAUAAAGACGGUUCAGAUGACUAAAGAAUUGAGUAGUUUUGGUGUCCUCUGCGAGAGCGACAAACUGGUGCUCAUAAAGCACGGGUCGGUAGAUAUCUGUGCUGUUAGGUCGGUGCUGGGCUUUAACUUUCAAUACGAGUACUGGACUAUUGCUUUGGAUAACGAAAACUCAGUGCUUCUGAAUCUGGAUCUAUUGAAACAAUACAAGAAGAAUACGUAUACGAGUCACAAGAACUUCUUGAGGAAGAUUGAGUCCAUUUGGGAUUCAGACCCUAUUAUCAUUGAUUUGUUGACAGCAAUCCUACUGUUCAACCCGGAUAGGCCUAAACUUGUUCACAAAGAACUCGUUAAACUCCAACAACAUAUUUACAUGUAUUUACUUCAACGCUAUUUGAUAUCGAAAUAUCGGGUCGAAUGUGAGGCCAAAUCCAAGUUCUUAAGGCUAUUGAACUGUUUGACAGAUUUGCCGAUUUUGAACGAAACAGUGGCUCAGAAUUGGUUAGAGUCUGAUCCAGAGGAAUUCAUCAAAAAGUGUUUGGUUUGCGGCGACAGAGCUAUUGGCAAUAAUUUUGAUGCCCUUUCGUGCGAGUCAUGUAAAGCCUUCUUCAGGAGGAAUGCCGUCAAAAAUAAAGAAUUGAAGUGUCAUUUCGAUGACAACUGCGAGAUCGAUGUCCUCACCCGACGCUUCUGCAAGAAGUGUCGCCUCAAGAAGUGUUACGCAAUUGGGAUGAAAAAACUCUACUUAUUCUUCGCGGCCUUCUUAUCACACCACAGAUUAGUCCUGAGCUGGAGGAGUUCCCAAUCGUGUAGUAGUGGUUCGCCCGAAAGUGCUGAUAAUCAGGAUAAUGUGGACACUCUUGACCUGAAUGGUAUCGAACCGCUCGAAAUCCCUGACACUUUCGAUAUACCGGAUCUGGACAUCGAUAUCGACGAAAUCAAUACACAGAUAAUGGAAAUCGAGAAAUAUAUCAAAGACGAGGACGUCGUCGAUGGCGCUGAGGAGGACUCGGACGAGAUCUCAGACGUGGUCUACCAGAAGGCGGCUGAACUCGAGUUCACGGUAUUACCGAUCGCCCGACCCAUGGGUGAUAAAUAUCAGUUGAAUGAGAUGGAGAGCUAUAAACUGUCGGAGCUGUUUAACGCCACCACCUUUUUUAAGGAGCAGAUAGUACCCAUCACCUCACAGGCCAUGCAUUAUGAAGACAUGUGUAGUCUGUUGUGUAAGAAAGCAGAGGAGCAGACCCGACGUGUGAUAAAGAUGUCCAAACAUUUGACGUCUUUUAAUGAUAUCAACGAAGACGACAAGAUCUCACUCAUUAAGUUCGGGGCAAUGGAUCUGUUUUGCAUGCGGUCUGUCCCUCACUAUGACUAUACGAAUAAGACCUGGGUCUAUACCAUGCCUAGGUCACCAAGAGCUAAACCAUAA